GGCGGGAGAAGCUGCAGGCAACUAAUUUGAUAGCACAUAUUGAUGACUCUAUUACAGUCAUCCCUCUCAAUGGCUUCCACAGAGAGUGAUUCUGACGAGUUGCCAACAUUUUCCUUUCUGAAAAAAGUACCACCUUUAACAAAGAGGAGUCAGACUGACAGAGUGGAGAAGAUUGUAGUGGUUGAGACUUCAGAUUCUGAGGCGUCUCCUCCUCCAUCGCCAGAGUUGAAAGAUCUACCACGUUUCCCAGACACAAAUGAAACAUUCACACAAACAAAGCCCAUCAGAGUGCUAAGCAGUGAUAGUGAGUCUGAAGAGGAAAUUAUGCCUCUGGCUGAAAGACUAACCUGUAAAUUUUUGGCACACAAGCAGUCAAGCACUGAGGACUCCAGCUUCCCAAUUAAAACUGUUUUGGAUCAACAAAAUGACCAGAAAAAGCAGCCAUUUCUAAAGAUCCCUGAUGUUCCUCUCCAUAAUACCUCAAAGAGAGCAACAGAUAACCAAGACCCUAUUUUAGACAGUCCCUGUCAUCAGCUCCUAGGCUACCAAUCUACCUGUCUUGUCCAGAGCAACAGGUUGGCAGAAACUGAAAUGAAUUCUGACACCUUCCCACCUCAAAAGAGAACCAAGAGUAGUCAGAAGGUUCAGAAAACAGGGUCUCAGAGAUGCCAGCCACAGAAACAAGCAAGCUGCAAAGAAAGCACCCUGAGACAACCAGAAAGAAAGAAGGCAGCACCAGCUGACAAGCUGAAAGCUUUGAGGCCAGAGGAAUGCUUGAAACACAUCAUUGUGGUGCUGGAUCCAGUGCUUUUACAGAUGGAAGGUGGGGGCCAGCUCCUCGGAGCACUGCAGUCCAUGGAGUGCUGCUGUGUGAUUGAAUCCCAGGCUGUGCCUUGCAGUAUCACAUGGCGGAGAAGGGCAGGGCUGUCUCAGGAUACAGAAGAGUGGGUAGAAGAGCCCACAAUCCUGGUGUUGCUCACGGCAGAGACUUUUGAGUCUUUGGUUUACAACUUAAAGCAGGGAACUCCCAACAGCGCUGAGAAAGAGAAGGAAACCCUCCAUGGCUUCGUAACUGACAUCACAGCAAGGACAGUAGGAAAAGCACUGUCACUGGUGAUUGUGGACCAGGAGAAGUGCUUCAGUACUCAGAAACCACCAAGGAGAAGGAUACAGGGAGUAGCAAAUAAACAGACCAAAGAAAAGAAGCAACAGAGACGAGAGACCAGCACAAAGCCCAUGGUGUCCAGGGUAGACAUAGAAGAGGCAUUGGUGGAUCUGCAACUCUACACAGAAGCCCAGGCUCGGAUUGUACAGAGUUGGAAAGAGCUAUCUGACUUGGCCUGCACGUUCACAAAAGCUGUGGCUGAGGCGCCGUUCAAGAAGCUUAGAGAUCAAACUAGCUUCUCCUUCUGCCUGGAGAGCGACUGGGCUGGAGGGGUGAAGGUGGACCGUGCUGGCAGAGGACUCACACUGGUGUGGAGGAGGCAGAUUCAGCAGCUGAACCGAGUCAGCCUGGAAAUGGCCAGUGCCAUUGUAGAUGCUUAUCCAUCCCCACGACUCCUGGUGCAGGCUUAUCAGCGGUGUUGUUCAGAUCAAGAACGCCAGAAUCUGCUGGCAGAUAUCCAGGUGCGCCGUGGGGAAGGUGUGACUUCCACCUCCCGCCGUGUUGGGCCAGAGCUGUCCCGGCGCAUCUACCUUCAGAUGACCACUCUACAGCCAGACCUCUCCUUAGACAGUACUGAUUGAUGCUAGCCCACCCGGACAGGAGGAAGGCUGGAGCUCUGCCUCUCCCCAGCCUGGAAACCCAACAGCAAUGGACCUGAAGUACCUGCUGGGCACAAGCCUGGGUGAUACCUGGUGUUUUC